GGUGCAUUUCGCCUAUUACCAUAGCAGCAGGAAGUUGGUUUGUUGUCUACUGCCGUCAUGAAUCAUGAUGGACAGAGUCGAGUCUUCGCUGCGAUACUACCGACUGCUGGUCGGGAAUUCGCCGGUAAUGAAAGAGAGCAGGGACUCGAAGUGCGAGCAGUUCAUCGUCAAAGUCCCAGUAACCGGGUACGGGAGGUCCAGGUCACCGGGACAGCGGAGGUUUGUUGCCCGGCGGACCGAGUGUCGGUGCGGGUCAGUGUGGGCAACAGCAAAGAGUCCGUCAACGAUGUGACCAACAGCGUUUCACGGCGAAUUGAAUACAUUUUACAAGCUGUCAGACAACAUGGUGUCAGUGACAAAGACACCUCAAUGAGAAGGUUUCUCCACCGAGAGGCAGAGCAGUAUCAUUUGGAAGCAGAGGUCGUGGUCACAUUCUCAGAUUUUGAUAAGAUGGAGCGAGUACGCAGUGUCCUGCUGGAAAAGCUGGACCAGAGUGUCUGUGUGGGAACACCAGAGUUCUACCACAGUGCUGAAAGCCUGAGUCUAAUGAGGCGGCGUGCGUGUGUGUCAGCAGUUGAAAAUGCCAAGCAGAAGGCCUGUGAAGUCAGCGAGCUCCUGGGGCAAACUCUGGGUUCACCCCUUCUGGUCAGAGAGGAGGAGACAAAAGAGUGGAGGAAUGAGGAUGAGGAGGAUGGAGGCAAAUGCCAGGGUGCUGCACCCCUUCCUCACCUUCCCCGUACACCCACAAUCACCGCCUCCUCGCGGGUGUCCGUCUCCUUCAGCCUCAGAGACAAAAGCAGGAAAAAACUCUAAAGACAUCUGACACACACACACACACACACACACACACACACACACACACACACACACACACACACACACACACGAAACCAAAGAGCAGAUUGAUACAGUUUAACGUAUUUUAUUGGUCGUGAUGGCUGUAUAAAAGUGCAGUUUUUCAAGAUUAUUUUUCUAUCUCAGCCAACAGUCUUGUAAACAGAAAAAAAGACAAAAAAAAAUAGCAAUUUUGUAAUUUCAAGCAUUUACUGUUAUCAUUUAACUUAAAAUCAAGCAAACAUUAAAUUAAAUGUUUUCAGCUCUAUUUUUUUUUGGCACAUCAAUUUAAAACACUUUAUAUUUGUACACUUCAAAGUAAUAAAGGUACAUACUGUAACAACAUGUCAUAAGUGAGUCCCAGGGUUAUUCCAAAUCUGCAAAAGACACCCUCACAUCGAGAUCAAGCAAGGAGGGAUUUGAUAAUUAUCCUCAAUCUGCUCCAAACUUGGGCUUCCAGUCAUUUCGACAAAGACUGAUAGAUUCCAGUAGAUUUCUUAGACAAAUAAAGCACUUAAGAAUUGUCUCUUAUUAGA